AACUCAUCUGUUGGACAGUUAAAGGGGAAAAUGGAAGGGACACUGUGUAAGCAAGCAGUGGUCAAUGAUGAACAAGAGCAGGGGAGAUGGAAGAUCUGGAGAAGAUGGAGUAGAAAACAAAAGGCACCCUUGGGAAGAAAGGAAGGGAGAGAAAGAUAAGAUCUUGACUGAAUACUCCGUUGGUUUUAACUGGUGGAAUCUCAGUGAUUUCGAUGAAGAAAAAAGCGAAGAAGCGAAGCCUGUUACUCUAUGGGCCGCUCUUGGUCGAAUGUGGACUUUGAUCGGUGACGAACAAUGGAUUGUCUAUCUCGGACUCGGUGGCUUGAUCGUCGCCGCGGUUUCAGAGAUCUCUAUGCCAAGUAUAUUGGCAGCGUCUAUAUUCUCUGCCGACAGUCGUGCGACAGCAGAGUUUCACCGGAAUGCUCGUUUGCUGAUUAUGUUGUGUAUCACAUCGGGCAUCUGCAGUGGACUGCGAAGUUGCUGUUUUGCUAUUGCCAAUACUGUCUUGGUUAAGCGUUUUAGGGAAACAUUAUACUUGGCUCUCGUCUUCCAGGACAUGUCCUUUUUUGACACGGAAACAGUUGGUGGUUUGACAAGUAGGCUUGGAGCAGAUUGCCAACAUCUCUCUAAAGUUAUUGGGAAUGAUGUUCAUCUUAUCUUACGAAAUAUUGUUCAGGGAACUGGUGCAUUGAUCAAUUUGCUUAAAUUAUCCUGGCCCCUCACUUCACCAACAUUAGUGAUAUGUUUUGCCCUGUCUACAAUUGUUUCUGUUUAUGGCCAGUACCAGAAGAAAGCUGCAAAGUUAACCCAAGAGUUCAAUGCCUCUGCUAACAAUACUGUACAGGAAACACUUUCUAUGAUUAGAACUGUCCAAGUAUAUGGAGCUGAAGAAGAAGAACUUAGAAGGUACAAGAAAUGGCUGGACAAAUUGGCUUUUGUAAGCAUUCGAGAGAGUGUGGCAUAUGGAUUUUGGAAUAUGAGUUUUCACACUCUCUACCGUUUGACACAGGUUAUUGCAGUGGUGUUAGGAGGUAUGUCCAUUAUGUCCAGUCAGGUAUCACCUGAGCAGCUUACUAAGUAUGUGCUUUACUGUGAGUGGUUGAUUUAUGCAACUUGGAGGGUGGUAGACAAUUUAUCAUCACUUUUGCAGUCCAUUGGAGCAAGUGAAAAAGUCUUGCAGUUAAUGGACCUUAUGCCCAGUAAUCUGUUCUCUUUAGAAGGCAAGCCCUUUGUAUGGUUCUUCGCAAGUGAGGUCUUGUAAGAUAUUCUUUAGAUUAUUUUAUGAUACUCUGUUAGAACUAGGAAUUCAGUAUUAUUCACAGUUCUUUUUUCUCCUACCAUGUGCAGAAUAUACAUUCUUUGAAGAAAAUCUACAACAAUCUUCUAUUUUGUUCAUGAAAGAAUAAAAAUAAAUUCUAGGCAUGAAAAGAGAAUGCUGAUGUAUUUGGCUUUCUGACUGUUUAUGUUCCUCUGGAUUCUAAUUUACCCAUUUUUGUUAUUGAUAUAGAAUAUAUAUAGAAAGAGAUCUUUAUUUUUCAUGUGGCUAAUUAUUGAAAGCGCUAUUUUUACUACGAUAUCUUUUUUUUUUUUUUCUCCUUCCCUCUGUAAUACAGGAGUGAGACUGCAGAGCCUAAUGGGCAAUAUACAAUUUGUGAAUGUAUCUUUUCACUAUCCCUCACGAACAACAGUACCCAUUCUCAAUCAUCUAAACCUUUCUAUGCAAGCAAAGGAAGUGGUUGCUAUUGUAAGUAUGUCAUGAUAUAUCUUCAUCUGGCCUUUGUAAAAAGAUGGAUGGAUUGACUACUUAGUAUUGUCUGGUAAGGUUGGUUUAAGUGGUAGUGGAAAAAGCACACUAGUGAAUCUCAUGCUACGUCUUUAUGAGCCAAUUAAGGGUCAGAUAUAUAUUGAUGGUAUCCCACUAAAAGAGUUGGACAUCAGAUGGCUGAAAGAAAAGAUUGGCUUUGUUGGACAGGUACAUAUAACACA